AUGGUCCUCCGUGGCUUGGUUGGGUCGUAUCGCGCUGGCUCUCCCACCCAUAAAUACAAUGACUUGGGGAGCUCCGAACCCUGCUACCUAGCAACAAAAGCCCAGCAACAAAGGCCCAGCAGCGAAAACCCUACACCCUACGCCCUUCAAGAUCAUCUACAACACCUCGACACUGGCGAACAAAAGCUCUGCCCACGAAAGCACCGAACCAGAGACAACCUUGAAACGAAGACAAAGAGUAUGGAAAUCGCCAAUACAACCAGUUCGCCGGGCCCCAACUUCGCCUUCGCUGGCGGCCGCACAAUUAUCAAUCCAUGA